GAACAGCGCGUCAGGUGCAGUGACCAGGUGCGGGGCUGAGCGGCGCGUCGUGGCGCUCCGACACCGUGACAACCAGCGCCGGAGGAGCAGCGCGUCACGGCAGACAUGGGGAUCCCCUCGUUCUUCGCCGGCUACCCGUUCCAAGGUCAGGGCCGGGUCAACCAGCUGGGCGGUGUGUUCAUCAACGGCCGGCCUCUCUCCAACGACAAGCGACUGCAGAUCAUCCAGAUGGCGGCGGCAGGAGUCCGCCCCUGUGUCAUCUCCCGGUCCCUGCGCGUCAGCCACGGGUGCGUCUCGAAAAUCCUGAACCGCUACCAGGAGACGGGCAGCAUCCGGCCCGGCGUGAUCGGCGGAUCCAAGCCGCGCGUCGCCACGCCCGAGAUCGAGAACAGCAUAGCCCAGUACUUCAAAGAGAACCCGGGCAUCUUCAGCUGGGAGAUCCGUGAUCGGCUCAUCAAGGACGGCCUUUGCGACAAGAACAGCGUGCCUUCAGUCAGCAGCAUCACUCGGAUCCUGAGAGGAGGCAAGCCCGACGACAAGAGCGACCACAGCAUCACCGGCAUCCUAGGUGGUGAGAGCAGCGGCAGCGAGGACGACAGUGAGCCGGGCAUCAAGCUGAACAGGAAGCAGCGCCGCUCGCGCACCACCUUCACCGCCGAGCAGCUGGAGGAACUGGAGAGGGCCUUCGACGUCACCCAGUAUCCGGACGUCUACACGCGAGAGAAGCUCGCCAUCAAGACCACGCUGACUGAGGCACGCGUUCAGGUGUGGUUCAGUAACCGACGGGCGCGGCUCCGGAAACAACUAAACGCCCAGCACCACGUGACCUCGAGCGGCGCGUCACCGGCCGGUCACGUGACGGCCGCGGGCCCGGCUGCCCCGUACGGCGCCGGCUGUCACCCGGCCGACGCCGGCGGCUCCAGCGUGCAAUACGGUCAGCCGUGGACGGCCCAGCCGAGCUCCCUCGGUUACCAGGACUACCUGCAGGCGGCCUCCUCGUCACAGAUGACGUCAUCGGUGAACCAGUACACGGCCGGUAUGACGUCAUUCGCCGGCGGCGUGCACCCGACCUCCAUGGCCACCUGGCCGGGCUUCACCACCGACAAUAGUUUCUUCGGCGGCAGCACAGCGGCGAUGGGCGGCUACCCGACCGGGUACGGGAUGCAGGCGCACUUUCCCGACACCAAGCCGGCCGGCUUCCACCCGUACUCGUGAUCGACAACAACAGCGAUCGCCCGCUCCGGAACGGGGGCACAACGCAUGUGUUCUUAUACCACAGAUUUAGUGUUAAAGUAUGAGGACAGCACGGAUUAACUGCAGGGGGUUGAGCCUAGGUGGAAGCGUGGCACGCUGACACAUGUCUUCAGUCUGGGGUCACAUGCAUAGUUGCUCGACCCGCUGAGUCCCAAAUGCGUGUGUGAAAACAUGUCAAAGAAAGAGCUAGACGUCUAACUCUUUCUUCUCAAAGUUCACACCUCACCGUCUCGACGACAGCUCGUCUCGUGAUAGCCAUGCGUAACGGCGACAGUGCCAAUGUUCAGUGCUACUAACAUACAAUAAAUACUGGACAAGACGUUUACAAAAUAUCACGUUACGCGCUGUUACCCAGCUUGUGUUGACAAUAAUUGUGUCUCCAUCGGUCAUGCGUGGAUAGAUUACCUCAUGCAGCGCGCUGCUCGGCUAAAAUGCUAUAGUUAGUUAUGAAAGAGUCUUCCAAAUUGGCCUUAAUAGUGCAUCAUGGCACGAGGAUUCCUCGUAACAAUAGUUGAUAGUUCUAUCUAGGGCAUGUGCCGCCUUCUCUUUCCGGCGUGCGGGAUAGGAUAGGACAUUUCAGUUAGAAUUGU